AGAGAUGACAGCAACACGAGUACCACAACGCCACCCAACACUUCCCAGAAAUGAGAAUCCGAAUUUUGAGCAUAGAAUUUCGGGUAAUGACCAAACAUGAACACUUGUUUCUUCAAAAAAACAUGCAAACCAUUAUCAACCGCUCUAUUAUUCAAACUCAAUCUCUCUCUCUCUCUCUCUCUCUCUCUCUCUCUCUGCAUUUCUUCACCACCCCUGUUCAGCUGCCUGAGAAUUCGAAUUCGAAUUCAUGGAAAAUGGCUCAGAACCUUCAACUCAUCCAUGCAACAAUGCCCAUGACAACGCUGAUGAAAAUUCAGAAGGGGAGUUUCUCACUAUUGGACACAGAAGGCUAAAUUCUGCUCCUUCUCUAUCUCUUGCUGAGGAAGACUUGAAAUCUUUAGAUAUGGAGGAAGAGAAAGAAGACGAGUCCUCCUCCCUAAGAAGAGUUUCUGAGGAUGACCGGGAAUCCGAAACAGCUUCUUCUAAGGCCAGCACCUCAGAUUCAGACGCUCAACAAAAUCAAAAAUCCGGUCAAUGGCGCGGGUUCUUCCGUAAAUUGAAAAAAGGACCAGCAGUGGGCUUGCAUACCUUCCAUCCUAGCAUACAUAACAUCAGAAUGCUUGCCACUAAAAAAAGCAGAAACGCAAGACAGAGCUUGCCUGUGCUGGAGGAACCAACUUUAGAUCCUGAAUUGUAUUGCUUCAAGUCAACCUGGAAGAAUUUCUCACUUCCAGAGCUUGAAACUGCAACCGAAAAUUUCAGCCGUGAGAAUGUGAUUGGGGAGGGAGGUUAUUCUGAAGUUUACAAGGGACAUUUGGAAGAUGGGCAACUUGUUGCAAUAAAAAGACUGACCAGGGGAUCCCCAGAAGAGAUGACUGCGGACUUCUUAUCCGAGCUUGGGAUUUUAGUCCACGUCAACCAUCCCAAUAUUGCUAAUGUUAUUGGGUAUGGGGUUGAAGGAGGAAUGCACCUCGUUCUUCAUUUGUCUCCCCACGGGAGCUUAGCAUCAUUGCUUACAGGUGCUAAGGAGAAACUAGAAUGGGGCAUCAGGUAUAAGAUUGCACUAGGCACAGCCGAGGGCCUUUCAUACCUUCAUGAGGGGUGUCAGCGAAGAAUUAUCCAUAGAGACAUCAAGGCUGCUAACGUUCUGCUUCGAGAGGAUUUUGAGCCUCAGGUUUCUGAUUUUGGGCUUGCAAAGUGGCUCCCAGAGCAGUGGACUCAUCUCACAGUAUCACAAUUUGAGGGCACAUUCGGCUACCUUCCUCCCGAGUUUUUCAUGCACGGAAUAGUAGAUGAGAAAACUGAUGUCUAUGCCUAUGGGGUACUAUUGUUAGAGCUAAUCACUGGACGCCUAGCUUUGGAUAAGUCACAGAAAAGUGUUGUGAUGUGGGCUAAACCUUUGAUUGCUAAGAAUAGUAUCAGCGAACUUGUUGAUCCAUCACUUGACGGUGUCUACAAUUCUGAGCAGUUGAAUUUUAUGGUCUUGACUGCUGCUUUGUGUUUACAUGAAUCUUCAAGUGAACGGCCUCAAAUGAGCAAGGUUAUUCGGAUGCUAAAAGGUGAUGAAAUAGGCGGUUUGGAAAGGGCAAAGAAGUUGCAAAGAAGGCCUGUCCUCAAGAGGACAUAUUCGGGGCACUUCGAUGCGGAAGAUUACAAUUUGACCAUGUGCUUCAAUGAAAAUCAGCCAUUGCAGAUUGCUCUUGAGCUAUGAAGACUUUUGUCAAAAACCAAAGUUUGAUGUCAAAAAUGAGUGAUUACAUGGCCAAUUGGAGCUUGCAUUCUUCCAUAAAAAGCUUGUUCAAAUAUGGGGUGUUGUUGGGUGGUGUCUCUGUGACAUCCUUGACGAUCAUGAAGGGACGAUAUGGUGUGCAAAUGGGCAGUGAAACCAAAAAGAGUGUAGCUGACUAAGUGGAAAGUUGAAUCCGAACUUGGUGCAGUUUAUUGGGAUUGUUUAUAUAUUUUUAUUUUAUUUUGGGAAUAUAUAUCGGUUUAUUUUGUGUAGUUUUUGUUUGUAACUCGUGGGAUAAAAAUAAUUUAUAUAAGUUGAAAA